AGUUGUCUGCAAACAGAGUUAUACAAAUUGUCAAACAGAGUUAUGUCCCAUUCCAAUAUGUCGGCGCCCAGCAGUGAAAACAAAUCAACAUCUGGUCCUGUUGUUGUGUCCGCUAACGCAGACCGAAAAAAAUUUAGUAGUAAAAAAGGUCCAAAAAAGAGAGCUGCUCAUCAGAUACCAGAUGAAAUUCUAAAUAAUGUAGAAAUACAACAGGCUAUGAAACCGUUACCAGAAAAUUAUAAUUUUGAAAUUCAUAAAACAAUAUGGAAAAUACGAUCUACUGGUUCCAAGAUGGUGGCCCUACAACUACCAGAGGGCUUACUGAUGUUUGCCUGUACAAUAGCAGAUAUUAUAGAAAGAUUUACAGAAGCAGAAACUAUUAUAAUGGGUGAUGUAACAUAUGGUGCUUGUUGUGUUGAUGAUGCUACUGCUAAAGCUCUGGGAGCAGAUUUAAUGGUACAUUAUGGUCAUAGUUGCCUUGUGCCUAUUGAUACUACAUCUGGUAUACAGAUGUUAUAUGUGUUUGUUGAUAUAAAGAUUGAUUCAAACCAUUUUAUAGAGACUAUAAAAUAUAACUUUAAAAAUGGUAGUUGUUUAGCACUAGUUAGUACCAUACAGUUUGUGGCAACUCUUCAGUCUGUAAGUCGUGAUUUAAGCAGUGAUUUUAAAAUCAUAACACCCCAGUCGAAACCCUUAUCACCUGGUGAAAUAUUAGGUUGUACAUCACCUAAACUAACUGAUGUUGAUGCACUUGUGUAUUUAGGAGAUGGAAGAUUCCAUUUAGAAUCUAUAAUGAUAGCUAAUCCAACAGUUCCUGCCUACAGAUAUGAUCCGUAUGACAAGAAGUUUACCAGAGAAUAUUAUGAUCAUGAUAAAAUGAAAGAAAUGAGAUAUGCAGCAAUAAAAACUGCCUCAAAGGCAAAAAGAAUUGGUAUAAUUCUCGGUACUUUGGGUCGACAAGGUUCACCUAAAGUAUUGGAGCAUUUAGAGAAGAAAAUACAGGAUAGUGGACGUAAAUCUGUUGUAGUUUUAUUAUCAGAAAUAUUUCCUUCUAAACUAGACUUGUUUUCAAAUAUUGAUGCAUGGGUUCAGGUAGCAUGUCCGAGACUGUCAAUAGACUGGGGAGCAGCAUAUAAAAAACCACUCCUUAAUCCAUAUGAGCUGUCGGUAGCUUUAGACAAUGUUAAGUGGAAGGAAGUCUAUCCCAUGGAUUUCUAUGCUAAUGAUAGUUUGGGUCCAUGGACUGUUAACAAUGAAGCUCACAGACCUCAGAGAGGGAACAAAUCUAAAAGUAAAAAAGAAAAAACAUUGGCCAGUUCAUGUUGUAAAGACAAUAUUAGUUCAGACAGUGUAUGUUGUAAAGAUAACAGUUCAGAUAUUGCUUUUUGUAAAGAUACCAGUUCAGAUAUUGCAAGUUGUAAAGAUACCAGUUCAGAUAUUGCAUGUUGUAAAGAUAACAGUUCAGAUAUUGUAAGUUGUAAUAAAGACAGCAGUUCAGAUAUUGUAAGUGGUAAAGAUACCAGUUCAGAUAUUGCAUGUUGUAAAGAUAACAGUUCAGAUAUUGUAAGUUGUAAUAAAGACAGCAGUUCAGAUAUUGUAAGUGGUAAAGAUAGCAGUUCAGAUAUUGCAAGUUGUAAACAAACAGAAAGUAGCAAAGAAGAAGUAGUGAAGAAUUGUGAUUGUGCAUCAACAACAUAAAUAAAACUAUUGAUUUA